AAUGAAUGUGCACGGGCAAGCGAUUACGCAUAAGAUCUCUGGGUGACUCGGUCGAAAAACGACAGAAUCUCGCAUAACAUAAAAUCGAAAAGAAUACCACUGAAAAAUCGCGAAUAAGAAUCAAUAUUCUUUCCCGAAUCGAAUCAAAACUAAUUGACAAACAAUCUGGGAAUCAGCGACGAGUCAAAUUCGGUUUUGUCGUGUCGGUUGUGUCGGGCCGGAGACGGAGACCCAUUGAAGGUGUGCAGUUCCCUUCCACAGCGGCUUGCAUGAGGCUGCUGAAAAAGCGUAAAAGUGUCACUCAUCGACAGCAAAGGGCCACGCCUGCAACUGCACCUACGACUACGACUACGCUUGUGCUAGAAAAGUGAUCUCAAACAAUCUUAUGAUGGAACUCUUGUCAAACAAUUCGGUUCCGCAACAAAUGGCUAGCAGCAAUACGGCCAGCGCCAACGGAGUUGCCUCCUCGACUGUCAAUGGCAGCGGCAGUGAAAGCAGCAACGCCAGCAACUCCUCCGAGCGCCUCCUGGCAGGCAUACUGGAGUCCUUCCCCGCCUGGGACCUCAAUGUCGGACUGCUGCCCAAUGUGGGACAGAGCUCCCCACCACGCACGGACUUCUUUAUCAAUAACUUUCUUGGCGGACUGGACACACAUGGCGACUUCAGCAUCGGACCCAUUGGAAGCGGGCCGCGCAGCAACCCAAAAAUGUCUCCAGAGUCUUCCAACAACUCGAGCAUCAGCUGCGGCUGGUGCGAGGUGAGCGCCUCCAUACGCUGCCUCGAGUGCAACGAGUUCAUGUGCAACGACUGCCUGAGGGAGCACCGCAACAGUCCGCUCUCCUCGAACCAUUCGAUCGUGUCGCUGCCGACGCCCAUCGGGGCCUCGCCCACAGGCGGCAGCUCGACCCACGCCCACACGCCGCCCAGCUCCAAUUUCAUCUGCGACAUUCACAACGAGAUGCUGCGCUACGUGUGCGACUACUGCCGCAAGCUGGUGUGCCAGUGCUGCACUCUGCACGAGCAUAAGGAGCACAGCUACGCAUCCAUACAGAGUUUCAUGGUCGGCUCCAAGGAGAAGCUGGAAGGCGCCAUCGAGAGCAGCCAAGUGGGGACGCGCUGCAUCAAGAGCAGCAUUGACAAGGCCCUUGCAUUCAUCCGGCUCAUCGAACGCAGCUGCAGCGAGCUAAGCGACAACAUACGGAAGGCCUUCCGUCAGUUCAUCAUUGCCAUCGAGGACCGCGAGCGCUUUCUGCUCGACUUUGUGGAGAAGCUGCGAUUGCGCCGCCUGGCCAUUCUCCACGACCAGAUGGCGGGACUUAAGUCCGCUCUGGCCGGCCUUUCCGAGACCUCAGAUAUGCUCAGUAAAGUGGCGGACAACGCAUUGAGCAUGGACCAGAUAGAGAUCGCGAUGAAGCUCACCAACGGACAGCGCCAGAUGGAGCAGUUCGCCGGCAUCUACAAGGACCUGCAGCCCAAGCAGGAGGUCUUUGCCUUUGCGCCACCCGACUACAGUCUUCUGCAGGAUAUCCGAAACCAGGGAGGCGUCAUACUUGUCGACGAUAAGAACCUGCCCAUCGUCACAAGCACCAGCGGCAUCGUACCCAGCGUCUCCAAUGUGAAUGCCGUCACUGCCGCCUCCGUGGGAAUCGGAGGAGUUGGAGCUGGUGUUAGUGUAGGUGUCAAUCCAAUCGGUGUCGGUGGUGGUGUCGGUGUCGGUGGCGGUGUAGGUGUCGGUGUCGGUGGCGGUGUCGGUGUAGGUCCUGGCAAUGGAAUGGACUUGGCCUUUGGCAUCGGCAGCAUUGCCAACAAUCCUCUGAGCGUAGCAUCCUCGAACGUGCGUCGUCCAUUGCUCCGGGACAAUAGCUUCCGCAUACCGUCGCCCAUAAUGCAGCCCCGUGGCGGCAGCGCCUGCGGCAUGUCCAGCGCAGCCCUGGACUGGGAAUUGAACGGACUGCGAAGCUCCCCAGGCCUUCACUUCAGCGCCCCUCGGACGACGCAGGCCAUUCCUGGCUGUAUGGAUCUGGUGAAGGUGCGCAACUCCAAUUCGCUGUCGCUGUCGUUUGCCACCGAAGGCCACGAGGAUGGGCAGGUGAGCCGACCGUGGGGCCUGUGCGUAGGCAAGAGGGGCCAUGUUCUGGUCUCGGAUCGGCGCAACAACCGUGUGCAGGUCUUCAAUCCAGACGGCUCGCUCAAGUUUAAGUUCGGUCGCAAGGGCGUGGGCAACGGGGAGUUCGAUCUGCCAGCCGGCAUCUGUGUUGACGUGGACAAUCGCAUCAUUGUGGUGGACAAAGACAACCAUCGCGUGCAGAUCUUCACGGCCAGCGGCGUCUUCCUGCUCAAGUUCGGCAGCUAUGGCAAGGAGUACGGCCAGUUCCAGUAUCCGUGGGAUGUGGCAGUAAACUCGCGUCGCCAGAUUGUGGUCACCGAUUCGCGCAACCAUCGCAUCCAGCAGUUCGAUUCCGAGGGACGCUUCAUACGCCAGAUUGUGUUCGACAACCAUGGCCAGACGAAGGGCAUCGCCUCGCCCCGCGGUGUCGGCUAUACACCCACGGGGAACAUCAUUGUCUCCGACUUUGACAACCAUUGCCUCUAUCUAAUCGAUCCUGACAUUAACGACAUUCUGUCCGUGAAGGGACAUGAGGGCUCGGGCUUCCAUGAGUUCAAUAGGCCCUCGGGCCUAUGCUGUGACGACGAGGGCCGCAUUAUAGUGGCCGAUUCCAAGAAUCAACGCAUCCUGGUCUUUAAUCAAAAUCUUGACUUUAUGUGGGAUAUCGAAGUGCGACCCUCCAUCAAUCCGCUAAUGCCACCGACGCUGGACGAGAAGGAUCGAACCUGCGAUGUGGCCAUGAUGCCAGACGGUCGCAUCGUAUUCCUCAUAGAACUGUCGCCAGACUCCAAAGAAGGGUCUAACCCUUACAAGCGGUUUGUGCACGUAUUCUAAAUAAGCUUAUAGCCGUCAACUGGACUGGGAGGGGAAUACGAAUACCAAUCUUUUAGACCAUUUACAAGAGCUAAACGUUAGCGUAAUAGACAUCCAAUCCAAAAAGAAAAAAACAAAAACAAAACAGAACGAAACACUAAAAAACAAAAAGAGUAAAUCUGAAUUGAGAGCAUGGAAAAUUAGAAAAAAUUUUUAGCAUAAGUGCUACAACGAUUACCUCGAUAAUGCUUAAGAGUUAUGGUUACGAUUUGGUAAUUUACAAUACAAUACGAAUUACACAUAUGUAUACCGUACCGAUAUAGAUACAGAUGCAGAUAUCUAUACAUCUGUAUAUAUCUGUAUGCGAAUAUGUAUCUAGCGAAUAUACAAAAAGCCCAACCCAACACAACCAAUUAGGUCUAAAGCGAAAACCAACAGCAACAGAAGCAGCAAAAACAAAAGAGCAGGACAUAACAAUAAGGAUUACUAGAUGAAAAUAUUACUACCUGUUAGUUAGACUGAAAAGCAGUUUUCUAGCCGGAGGAGCAGAGGAAUGGAGUGGAAUGGAAAACUCUUCCAUUAGCGGGGAAGUGCGUUUUAUGGGGGGUUGCUUAGCUGAAAGAACUACUAAAUAAGAUUUUUGUUUCUACAAGAGUUACUACAAAAUAAUUUUCAGACGAAUUGUUUGUCAUGGUAUUAAUGUUUGUAUUAUUAUCUUAAUUUGUUUAGUUCCGUUUAGAGAUUUUUUUUUCAUUUAUACAUACAUAGGUUUUUAAAAUAUUUUUUUGAUUAUUUUAUUAAUUAUUUCUUAUAAUUGAGACUGAGCAAGUGAGUACACGAAACUUUGUAAAAGGAAACAAAGCAAAACAAAACAAAACAAAUCGAAACGAAAAUAAAGGAAAGGAAAGAAAAGAAAAACAAGAACAAAUAUUAAGGAAACCCGCUGACUUUUGGUUGAACUUUUAACAAAG